AAUAAUAAUAAUAAUAAUAAUCGUGAGUGUUAUCGAAAAAUAAAGAACGAGAAACGAGGGAAAGAAACAAAUACAAAGAUUAAAACCUUCGGACAGUGUCUCGUCUCUUCUGUUCUUCUCUACUAUUAUACUAUUACUAUACUACUACUACUAUUACUAUUACUACAGAGUAUUAGCAGCGGUCUCGAGUAACAGUGAUAAUCACGGACCGCUUUAAACGGUGCGCGAGUGACGCUCUCGAUCCUAACGUGUUCCGAUUAACUUCGUUCCGUUACGCGUAUUCCCUCGAGUGUGCGCUCCACAAUAUAUAUAUAUAUAGUAUAUAAAACGAGAGGACUCGCGGGAGUAGAAAAGAGGAACAAAGAACAAACGACGUGCCUACUAUAUAUAUAUAUACUAUAUUACUAUCUGCUAUUACUACUGUGUGUUGUAUAUCUUUUCUCUCGUUCUACUAAGUGUAAAGAAGAAAAGAAAAGAAAAAAAAACAAACAAGAAGAAGAAAUAAAAAGUGAAAAUAAUUAAAAAAGAAAAAUAAAGGGAUACAUCUUUCUAUCUCUUUCCCUCCAACUGGACACCUCUACGUAGUCUUCUGUCAGUUCAAUUUCUACUUUCCAUCUUCAAGAGAAGGAGAAACGUAACAAAUUGCAGCAGUAAGAAAGAAACAGCAAUAGCAGUGUAAUAUAUCAUCAAACUUAAGCAUCAAAAAACACUAUUAGGCAUAUCAUCGUCAUCUUCUUCGUACGUCGAACGACACGAAACCCCAACGACGACGACGACGACGACGACAUCAUCGAAUUGUUUCUUGAGAAGCUAAGAUGAGAUUGGAAGAAGAUUUAGUGAUUCGUAGGAGCAGACCCACGAUGAUUUCGGCAAAAUAUCGUGCGAGAGAAGAACGUCGUAGACUUCUCAAAAUCUCGGCAGGAAAAUUACGUAGAAUUGAAGAUCCUGAGGCUAGUUUGUGCAGAUCUGUGUUAAUAAACAACGCAGUUAGACGAUUGCAGCGUGAAAACCGGGACGAGAAGACUAGGAACUAUGGACUUCCGGUGGUCACGUAUUUGAAUGACUCGACGAAGGAGAAUAACGUUUCUAGUAAUCUUAUCGUUGACGAUGACAAUUCCUCAAGAAAAAGGCUAGCAGAUGAUAUUAGGAACGAAGGUCUCAGUACGAAACGUCAAAGGCACGACGAUUUGGAUUUGCAAGAUGACGUAUUCAGUGACUUUUACAUCCUACCACCAACCCCAAGAUUAUUAUCACACAUUGACGAUGUUCACGAUGCUGAAUCGGCUCAUCAUCAUUUGGUUUAUACGGAAGAUCGUUUAGGUGGUACUACAAUUGACGUAAGUGAUCCAACGCAUCUGAUCGAUCCUACCUCAACGACGAACGUAACGUCAACGACAACAACGUCACCAACGAUACCAGUUGCCGUAGCAUCGCCAACAUCAACGACGACGAUAACUGCGAACGUUCAUAACUGCAACAAUUCUGGUUUCUUCUCAACAGACUUAGACGAUCCUAGUACACAAUUAUCAGCAAACAGAUCUACGGACGUUAGCAUGAUGGAAGUUGGCGAUGUUGUUGAUCCCGAUAGGAUUUGCGACUUUGCAAGGUUUGCGGAUUCAGCUAAAACGUUGGAAGAACGAUUGGUCGAAUUGCAAUCGCUAGAUGAACAUUUUGAUUUAGCCAAAUUCGAAAGGAACAAUAAUCAAAGCUGCGGAAGAGCUUUCCACGACAUCCAAACUUUCCACAGCCUCGUACCGGGUUUGGAAACCUAGAGAAAAAUUAUUUGCCAUGAGCAACAUACAUUACUCGUCAAGAAGUCUCAAUCGUUUUUUGAUCAUACGAAUAAAAAUAUGAAUAACAAUCACGAGACAGACGUUGACGAGGUUAAUGAUAAUAAUAAUUAUAAUAGUAAUAAUGAUGAUGGUGGUAAUAAUGAUGAUGAUGAUGAUGAUGAUCAUGAUGUUAAUGAUAAUGAUAAUGAUAAAGAUGAUAAUGAUGAUGAUAAAGAUGAAGACGCGAAUGAGCAAGCGGGUCUUCGAUUUCGCAGUACGCACAAAGAAUCACCAAGAGGAUGAACCUACAAAAUGUAGAAGAGACAACAAAUAAACAUAACCUACAUAAAGUCAAACGAUUGAUUAUAUCAAAGAUUUAUUAAUCUCGCACGCGUAUAUCAUCAAAAACCGUUGGAAUGAUCAAUACAUACAUACAUAUAUGUAUGUGUGCAUGAAAAUAGAAAUGAAAGAAA